AUAGGAUUACAAAAUAAAGGUAAGCGUACUUUUUGUGUUGUUGCUUUUAUUUUGAAAGGUCGGGUACCGGAACAUACAGGUUGUCCCGUGCUAGCGUAUAUCUGCACAGCACCAACAGAAUCUCAUGCUACAUUCAUACGGGGAGUUAAUGUGAAAGUUACAACUUUGAGCGAGUUAUAUUGUAUAUAUAAAUAUUACAAUAUUUAAAAUUACGUGUUUGACAAGUGUUGAGAAGAAAUAACGAUCGGAAACUGGCAUUUUAUUGUUCCGAAGUUGUCGUUGGUGUAGCGAGGGUUUGUGUUCACCGGACACAAAAUGGUCUAAGAUGCCAUCAAAUGUAAUUGAGAGGGUAGAUUUGUUCCUGCGGGCAGGAAAGUAUCCUGAAGGAGCAUCAAAAAGCUCCAAGGCUGUGACCAGAGCUGCCAGCAAACACUUUGUCUUCAAAGAUGACUGUCUGUGGCGAACCUAUCGAGGGCGCCUCCUUAAAGUCGUCAGGAGCGAUGAGGAAAUGCGGGAGAUUCUGACCCGUUACCAUAACGAUAACAACCACACUGGUCGGGUCCGUAUGGUGAAAGAGAUCAUGCUGAUGUAUUACUGGGUUGGCGUGACGGAGGCAGUGAAGACAUGGAUCAAAAAUUGCUCUAUUUGUCAGGAACGAACUCACGUAGAACCCUCCACUCAGCCCGUCCAGUUCUGCCUAGCCUAUGGCUGCGAAGCCUCCAGCUACAUCCGCCCUGAUCUCAGCUUCUACAGGUUUCCGAAGGAGCCAGGGCAGCGGAGUCAGUGGUUGAGUGUGGCUCAAAGGGACGAAGGCUCACUGCGCUUCAACUCCUACCUCUGCUCCCAGCACUUCGAUGAGUCUUGCUUCACACUGGGAGAUGAGGGUCAGAUGACUCUAUCAUCAGACGCUGUGCCGACCAUCAUGUUUGUGGCAGUGGCAGACAACAAGAUUUGUGUUCCUACAGAUGAAGAUUUCCUGCGUUCAGACACGCUGGAGGACCUCCUCUCUACAGCUGCCGCCGCUGCUGCUGCCAACUCCACAGAUCCACCUGACGCAGCUUCACUUUCAUUUGACCUGCCCACCCAGCUGCAGGACCACCAGUACUCUCUGCCAACCCCAGACGAGGAUCACAGGAAAGCUCCCCCGUUGAAGGAAGACAUAAGGAGGAACACUGUUGUUAAGCAGAGCUUCACCACAUACAACCACAUCGCCAGGUAUCUGAGCCACAGAGUUUUACCAAUGCUCAGCAAGAAGAGCAGGAACGCCCUGAAGAGGAUGGCCAAGCGCUUCGGCCUCAUAGAUGGGGUGCUGAUGUACACCCGGGUUUCUCCACCUGUCAGGGUUCCACGCAGCAGAGAGGAGGUAAACAACAUCCUGCAGCGGUUCCACGACGACCGGGGUCAUUACGGCCAGGGCAUCUGCCAGAGAGAGAUCACCAAGAACUUCUACUGGAGCACCAUGACCCGGGACCUGGCCGCCUGGAUCUCCAGCUGCAGCACCUGCGUCAACAGAACCAAGAGGAGGUGGCUGCGCUGCAGCAUCCACACCUGCCACAACUGCUGUGGACCAGUGGAGAGGCGCCUGGGCCUUACCUUCCACACGUUUCCUCUUCAUAACACCACCCUCCUGGACCAGUGGUUGAAGGCCGUCGGACGUCCUCACUGGUAUCCUCGCCUCUGGUCAUCCAUUUGUUCCAAACACUUCACCGAGGACUGUUUUGAGCAGGUUGAUAACAAGGUCAGCCUUCGUCCAGACGCUGUUCCCACACUGUUGAUCCACAGCAGCCCAGCAGUGACAGGACCAGGUGCCUAUUUUGACAAGUACGACACAGUGGAACACUACCUCCGUACUCGCACUUAUCCCUCUGGACUCAGCUUUGUGGAGAAAAACACAUUCAGGAGGUUCUGCAGGAAGUUUGUUAUAAAAGAUGAUCAGCUUCACAUGGCUCACGGGGAUCGAGUGCGUUUGGUUCUGAGGAGUCGAGAGCAGGUGGAGGUCGCUCUCAACGACUAUCACAACGAGCUGAACCACCUGGACGCCAGCAAAUGUCUGCGGCUGCUCAACGAAAGAUUCUUCUGGAAAACCAUGAGGCCUGAUGUGAUCCAGUGGAUCAGUGGCUGCUCCAUGUGCAGCAGGAAGAACAAGAAGAAAUUGGAAACCUCACUGAGGUCAGACGCUGCAGGAUCAGCGGUACUGCUGAGUGGGAGAGAAGAUGAUGAAGAUGACGAUGGUGAGAUUGACGAAGGUAAAGGAAGAGAAGAUGAUGAAGAGAGGCAGCGACUGCUGGAGUUCACAGAUUCACAGGAUAAAUCUGCUCAUCCUGUCAAUACCCUCAGCUUCAAGCCAGAAAUCACUGUUGUCCUCCAGGAUAAAAGCAGGGUCCAGGAUCAACCUCAGGCACGGACUCAAUCUGAUGACCAGGAAGUGACAUUUGACCCUCAGGCCACAGUCUCAACACACACUCUGUCUGAGGUUCCUGCGCCACCGGUGAGUCAGAAGAAACGCUCCAGUUCUCAGCUCCAUGUUCACAGCAGCGCUUCAUGUCCAGCAAAGAGGAGCAAAGAGCUGGACGUCAGCUCCACCUCCUUCAGCAGUGGCCAGGAGCCUGUGGUGGCUGCGAGCACCAAACCCUGGCCCGUCUUCACCAUCGCCAGCUCAGCUACGGUGCAAACGGCCACAGCCCCUACAGACUCAAACAGCUCAGCGUUACAUCAGAAACCCAGCAAGCCUCUGGCUCGGACCAUCAUCCAACAGUGCAGUCAGGCCAAGGUAAAGGUCAAACCACCUCUGGACGGAGCUGAGGCUCAAUGGGCAGAGAUUCAGCAGGGAAUGGUGGUGUAUGUUUGUUUUUACCACGGAGCAACUGAAGAUGUCACACAUGAAAUGGCCAACACUCUGAUGUCGACAAAAUUUUUCCGAAAAACUGCCCGGCACUCUGUGUCUGUCCUCGACCUUCCUGGGAGCGUUUUAUUCAUCCCCCAGGAAUCCCUGCAGGGGGUGCUGUCGUCCGGCAGGAGAAUGCAGUACCAGGGCGGCUGUGAGAAGUGGCAGGGAGCUCAGCUCUUCUCCAGCCUGGUGCUCGCCUGCAGGGAGCUCAUGCACAGAUCAACCAAGUGCACGGACGCAGGCGUGUCCGUGGAGCAGGGCGUGUACGGGCAGAAACAGGAGAUCGUCCUGAACUCUGCAGAGCCGCUCACUCACCUGCUGGAGUUCUGAGGUACAGACGUGUACCAAUAAUAUUCCAAAGUCAUACUUGACCUUCUUCUGUUCUCUAUUGCUGCAGCUGGAAAAUUAAACAUUACAGAAACUAAAAUGUAUUUUAUUAAAAAAAAAGUUGAAUGGA